CAAAAUCUGUAACGCUCCGGAUCACCAAUUGAAGUCCUCCGCGUUCUCACAACCUUGUACUUGCAACACUGAUCUUACAACGCCGUGCUCUCGCAGUCCCACCCGCAACAAUGUCCCACCACAUCCUCCUCAUCGGCGGCCACGGCAAAGUCUCCCAACUCCUCACCCCCCUGCUGCUCUCCCGCUCCUGGACCAUCACAUCCAUGAUCCGCAGCGCCUCGCAAACCCCCGCCAUUGAAGCCCUCGGCACCAACCAGCCCGGCAAACUCAACGUCCUCGUCCACAGCAUCGGCGACGUCAAGACCGAAGCCGACGCACAGCAAAUCAUCGAGCGCGUCAAGCCCGACUGGGUCGUGUGGAGCGCAGGCGCGGGCGGCAAAGGCGGCCCGGAGACGACCCUGGCGAUCGACCGCGACGCGGCUGCUGCGUUCACCAGGGCGAGUGUGAACACGCCCAGCGUCAAGAAGUUCCUGACUGUGUCGUAUUUGUCGAGUCGGCGCGGGCGCGCAGGGUGGUGGGCGGACUCCGACUGGGAGGCUGCGCAGAAGACGAACAAUGAGAUACUGCCGACGUACUACAAGGCGAAGAUUGCGGCGGACGAGGUGUUGACUGUGCUGUCGAGGGAACGGGUUCAGAAGGAGGAGAAGGAUGGAGUACCAGCGAAGGAGCAGUUUGCGGGGAUUAGUCUGAGGCCGGGAAUCCUGACGGAUGAAAAGGCGGGUGGGGUCAAGGUGGGCAAGAUCGGAGUGGGAGGGGAUAGCAGCCGUGGGACCGUAGCGCACGCGAUUGUGGCUGCCUUAGAGACUGGGUUCAAGGGCUGGGUUGAUGUUAUUGAUGGUGAUGAGGAGCCUACUGCGGGAAUCCAAAAGCUUGCGGAUCAGGGCAUCGACACUGCUGAAGGGGAGGACUGGGAGGCGGCAAAAGAGAGGGUAGCGAAGUUGUAGGCUCGGUCAACUCGUUUACAGCUAAAUGUCUGAUCGCCUAUGGUAACACAAAAGUAUGAAUACAGCGACACUUCUGCUUCAUUUUCACAGUCCCCGUACGAGCAAGCACUAAGUUUCCCUGCAGCCUUCAUAUGGAGGACACUUCAGACAUGUCUUCCAGACGGUCAAGACGUUGCCUGCAUGAGUUCGAGCAAUUACUCAAUGUACAGCAUCUGGCUAAUCUCUACUGACACAACCAAGGCUCGACGGCAGUGCGCUGCCGA